AUGGGGAGGGGACGACAGAAGAGAACUGCAACCACGAGUCAAGUAGCUGGUUAUGCAGGAACGAGCACUCCAGUUUUGAGGAAUGAGAGCAAUACAAUUAGAGAUUUAGGGGAAACAUCAAUGGAACGGUGGCCCCCAUUGUCAGCCACAAAGGAAGGUAUGAAAACUCCAUUAGAUAAGGUCAUUCAUAGAGGCAAAGUAGUUUCUUAUGGUCCGAUGAAACAUGCAAGUCCUAGUGUAAGCAAAAAUGUGGCAAUUGGUGCGAGUUCUGUUGAAAAAGGGCAGAAGCAGCGGGCAAAUCUGUUUGUGAGAUCGAAUUUUGCAGCUAAAGGAAUGGAUUUGAGCUUUAUUGCGCCAACUCUAAAAAAUGGUAAGGUGAUUGUGGAACUUUGCAAGGAAGAAAUCGAGGAAGAAACUCUGAAAUGGAAGCAAGCAUUAAUUUUGUAUGUUGUUGGAGGAAUUCCAACAAUAGGUGCCACGGAAAGAUAUAUUGCUUCAGUAUGGAAAUUUAUAGCAAAGCCUAAGGUGUAUUUUCACAAUGAUGGAUAUUUUAUGGUUCGAUUCAAUUCUAUUGAAGAUAGGGAUGAAGUGUUGUAUUCCGGACCUCACAUGCCGAAUAACAAGCCUAUCAUUGUUAAAGUGUGGUCUGCUGAUUUUGAUAUCAACAAAGAGGUCCUACAAACUAUACCAGUAUGGUUCAAGAUAAGUAGUGGCUUGGGAAUUCCCCUGUAUGCUGAUGCUUGUACUACUCAAGUUGAUAGGAUCUCCUAUGCAAGAGUGCUGGUGGAAAUGAAUGUUGCUAAAGAGCUGCCUAGAUCCAUCAAGGUGACUGAUCCAAAUGGGAGGGAGUUUGUACAGGAAAUAGCAUAUGAUUGGGUCCCUGAAUUUUGUAAUAAAUGUAUUCAAGUGGGCCACAAAUGCAGAGUAGAUGAGCAGGUAGGACCAAAACUUAAAGCUAAGAAUCCAAACCAGAAACAGGAAUGGCAACCUAAACCUGUACUUAAAGUGCAAGAAGCAGCUGAUAAAGAACAACCAAAGAUGACAGCUCCUAGUAUUGAAGGAAAUGCUAGCACUAGUACACUGGUUGCUAGUGCUAGUAUAGGAGCAAGGAAAAGAGAUGAAGAACAAGCAAGGCAGACAUUUAUAGGAAAGACAACAGCUAGAAGUAGAGAAAGACAAUCAGUUGAUGUAGUCAAUGUGCUCAAUGGCUUUAAUCUUCUCACAGAGUCUGAACUGCAGCUAGCAAUGCCAAGGCAAAUGGAGGAAGGAACAAGUAGGCAGCAAGGUAAUAAUGGGCAGGAAGGGACUAUGCAACCCCUUUUCAUACCUCAUAAAAUAAAAGAGCGGAAGGCUAUGCAAAUAAUAAGGAAAAUCACACCUGGAUGGGCAUGUCUAGACAACUAUGAAUAUAGUAGUAGAGGAAGAAUAUGGUUGCUAUGUGAUUCAAGUGAAAUAGACUGCAUAGAAUUGGAAAGAUCUUCUCAAAUUAUACACAAUUCAGUAUAUGUUAGGAGAUUGGAUAUGAGGUUCACAUUUACAAUUGUAUAUGGAUUGCAUAGUGUGGAAGAUAGAAGAAUCCUAUGGAAUGAGCAGACAAGUUUGCACUCUAUACAACAAGGUCCAUGGUUGAUAAUGGGGGAUUAUAAUACCAUUAGAUCUGGGGAAGAUAGACCACUUGGUAAUCUUGUGCAACAAAUGGAGAUCAGAGACUUCAAUGACCUUAUUGAAAGCACUGGAUUGACAAAAAUGAAAACUAGUGGAAGGAGAUUCACAUGGACAAAUGGACACACUUAUAGUAGAUUUGAUAGGGCUCUGAUUAAUGCUGAAUGGAUGCUAGCCAUGCCACACUUAGAGGUAUGGGUUAUGGAUCCACAUUGCUCUGAUCAUUCCUCACGGAGUAUAACACUGGAAGAGGAUGAAGACCAUAGGCCUAAACCUUUCAAAUUUUUAAAUCACUUAGCUGAGCAUGAUGAGUUUGUAAAGAUAGUAAGUGAAGCAUGGGAGAGGCCACAGGAACAAAACAUUAUGAGAAAUGUUUGGCACAAAUUAAAAAGAGUGAAGCAGGCUAUGAAGGUUUUAAACAAUAAUGAGUAUAAUGCUCUUGGUGAUCGGAUCAAGGCGAACAAUCUCUCAGAUAUAGCUCUGAAGCAUAGGUAG